GAAUCAAUGGGACAUGGUAACAAUGUCACAGAGUUUAUCCUUCUGGGCUUCACUCAGGAUCCCACGGGACAAAAGGCACUGUUUGUCAUGUUUUUAUUCAUCUACGUGGUGACGAUGGUGGGCAACCUGCUCAUUGUGAUGACCGUUGUUUCCAGCCCUUCUCUGGGCUCCCCAAUGUACUUCUUCCUGGCUUAUCUGUCAGUCAUGGAUGCUGUCUAUUCCACUGCUGUUUCUCCCAAGUUGAUCAUAGACCUACUCUGUGAUAAGAAGACGAUAUCCUUCCCGGCUUGCAUGGGCCAGCUCUUUAUAGAACACUUAUUUGGUGGUGCUGAGGUCUUCCUGCUGGUGGUGAUGGCCUAUGACCGCUAUGUGGCCAUCUGUAAGCCACUGCACUAUCUGACCAUCAUGAACAGACGAUUUUGCAUCCUUCUGUUGGUGGUGGCCUGGGUUGGAGGGUUUACGCAUUCUGUGAUUCAACUUGUGUUUGUGUACAGUCUCCCCUUCUGUGGCCCCAAUGUCAUUGACCACUUCAUUUGUGACAUGUACCCAUUGUUGGAACUUGCGUGCACUGACACCUACUUCAUAGGCCUCACUGUGGCUGCCAAUGGUGGAGCCAUCUGUAUGAUUAUCUUUAGUCUUCUUCUAAUAUCCUACGGCAUCAUCCUAAACUCUCUUAAAACUCACAGCCAGGAAGGAAGGCGCAAGGCCCUGUCCACUUGCAGCUCCCAUAUCACAGUGGUUGUCCUGUUUUUCGUUCCCUGUAUUUUCAUUUAUGUCAGACCUGUUUCCAAUUUUCCCAUUGAUAAAUCCAUAAGUGUGGUUUUCACCAUUGUGACUCCCAUGUUGAAUCCUUUAAUAUAUACCUUGAGGAAUUUGGAAAUGAAAAAUGCUAUGGCUAAUCUCUGGUGUAAAAAGUUAACUCUUCGUAGAAUAAGAACAUGUGACCAACACUGA